CUAUGAGCUCUCUUAGCAUGUGGUUCACUUCCAUGGAGCCUUGCAAACCCUAUUUGGCAAUGAUUUUAUCCCAGUCCAUAUAUGCAGGCCUGACCUUGUUCUCCAAGGUAGCCAUUAAAGGAGGAAUGAACCCCUAUGUGUUUGUUGUUUAUAGGCAAGCUAUAGCCUCAGCAGUAUUAGCCCCCUUUGCUUACUUUUUUGAAAGGAAGAAGGCUCCUGCAAUGUCCUUUACACUCUUUUGCAAGGUUUUCUUGCUGGCCUUAAUAGGGAUUACUGUGAGCAUGGACUUGUACUACGUUGCGUUCAAAUACACGACAGCAACCUUCGCAGCCGCAACCUCCAACGCCAUUCCUGCUCUUACGUUUCUCAUGGCCAUUCUUCUUAGGAUGGAAAGGCUUAACAUGGGGUAUGUCCACGGUCAAGUGAAGGUUGUAGGGGCAGUGAUUUGCAUAACAGGGGCUUUCAUACUGUCCUUGUACAAAGGUCCUCCUCUUAAGUCUCUCAACUUGCACCAUUCAUCUCUGCAUUCCAUCACCUCUUCAACUGCAAGUAAGGACGAAUGGGUGAAAGGUGCCUUCCUCAUGCUCACAUGCAAUGCAGCAUGGGCCUUAUGGCUCGUUUUGCAGGCUCCCUUGAUGAAGGCCUAUCCUGCAAAAUUGACUUUGACAACUCUACAAUGCUUUCUUAGUGCACUCCAGUCUGCAAUUGUGGCCUUCGCCAUUGAGAGAAGACCCUCUUCAUGGAAACUAAAUUGGGAUCUUAAUCUCCUCUCAGUGGUAUAUUGUGGGGUUGCUGUUACUGGUCUGACAUAUUGGCUUAAUUUGUGGUGCAUUGAGAAGAAAGGCCCAGUCUUCACAGCCAUGUUCACGCCAUUAGUCCUCCUCAUAACUGCAAUUUUGUCAGCCCUCUUAUGGAAUGAGCCACUGUAUUGGGGAAGUAUGAUAGGGGGAGUUUUGAUAGUGGGUGGUCUAUACGGCGUUCUAUGGGGCAAGAGAAAGGAAGAAAAGGUGGCCCUUGAGCAAGACCUGUUGCCACACAUUCAAUCCAAAGGAGAGCCAUGAUGCCCCAAGCUUCCUAGUUCAAGAGAUUCUCUUUCUCUCUCUCCCUAAAACAACCAAUCCAAAUACUUGUGUCUCCCUCUUCAAAACAGGAAUACCAUUACAAGAGUCUCUCUCUCCUAGAAAAACCUGUCGUCAAUUCAAGAAGCUAGAAAAUUGUGUGAGUGCUUGUAAGUGAUGCCUUCAAAUUCUGUGAGUGCCCUGCAAAUGCAACAGUUGCAAUAUGUAUAUAUGUUUUCUUCAUUUUAAUAAGAGUAAAUUACAUAC